GUGUUUGUUUGUGAAACUUGGUGGACAUUACUAAACAGUUAUUUCAUUUAAAUUAUAAAUAAAUCAUUGCAAGUAUUUAUACUGAACUAUCCGACGCUAUCAUAAUAUGGGUGCCAAUAAUGUUAAGAGCAGUGGUGGUCAACAAACAAAAUCCCGAUCACUGUUGAGACUGUCCUCCAAAUCGUUGAACAGAUCUCACGGUUACGCCUCAUCUAACAAACUGUCCUCUAAUAAUAAUUACAAUUUAAUGCCAGAAUUGGACAUCUAUUUUAUUAGACAAAUAGCUAGAAGUUUAAGAGAGUAUGAUUUGGAGCAGAAGAUUGAUUUGGAGAUAAAGAUGAGAGAGGGAACCACCAAAUUGUUGGCCGCCUGUAAACACUCCAACCAAACCCUAGAAGCGGCCAAAUCUUUGCUCACAUCCAAUGAACGGAUGAUCGCAUAUAUGAGUGAACUUCAGCGCCGAAGAGCCGCCGAAAGACAGCUAAACAAAGUGGACCUCAAAAUGAAAUAUUUGAACCCUAAAGGCGACGGCGGAAAAGCAAAAGUUUCAGUUUCUGAUAUCCGGAUGCCAUUGAUAUGGAAAGACUCGGAUCACUUCAAAAACAAAGGAGAUUAUCGACGGUUUGCUGUAUUUUGUCUGCUGAAGAUCGGCACAGAAAUAUACGACACAAUUAUGGUAACAAAUGUGGACAGAAGUACGACAGACAUCCAAUUUGAUGACAUUUGUGUCUUCCAAAACAUUCCUCCGGAUUUCGAGUUUCGACUGGAGGUCUAUUCGCGUGUUCUUCACGAAGAUCUUAGCAUCGCUUCAACGCCCAGAAAGUUAUCUAAAAAAAUCUCUACUUCGGUAUCGAAAACAUUGGGCCGAAAGUUGGCCGCUGCUGUCAAAGAUGAUAUGGAUUCGGAAACGGGUCCAAAGUUUCAUUUGGUGGCCACCGCAACACUGCGUCUUAAAGAUGCGUCCGAUGCCAUCAAAACACAUGAUCUGGUGAUUGAAAAUCUGGAGAACAGGCACUGGCAGUUACCAUUGUUUGGCCAUUUUUGCUGUCGACUAGCCGUACAACCCGAUUGUCAGAAUAUUGAACGCAUCGCCGGUUACUUGAAAGUCAAAGAGGCGUCCAUAAGAGCACAAAAGAUUGAAUCAAUAUAUUGGGCGUCACUCAAGAACUUCCAACUGAAACUGUGGUCUAAAAAGUACGAUAGAAACAGUUCAUCGAGUUAUGGAUCAAAUAAGAAACGUUUUGAUGGAGUUGACGCUGAUGUCGUGAUUCCCAUUACUAACAGGACUAAAGUAAAUUGCGGAUCAAAUGCGCUAACCAUUAGUAGUGACGACAAAUGCUAUGUAAUGCUAAAUGACAACGGAAUGAGUGACGUUAGGUUAUGGGCCAAACAUUUGGAACAAACCAUACAAGACUUUGCUGUCUGGGAAUCGGUAGCUGAAUAUCAUAUGCCUAUCCCAUCUCCAUCGCCCACCAGAGCGCCCAUGUAUUUGAAAAACAGAAUUCCCGGUUCACUGUAUGACGAGACACCCAUUCAAGAUCCGCAAACACCUAACUAUAAGAGCAACGGAACCCUUCCUCGACGUGUAUCUCACGGCGAUUCCCUUCGCUCGAGAUCUUCAUCUCUAUCCUCUUCGUGUACUAACAGUUCGUCGGUAACCAGUAGUGGCAAACACUCGUCACAGGCAUCACCAACACAGACCUACACCGACCAUCAAAUGGAUUGCAAACAUAAUUUCCUAUUUUUUCAAACGUCAACCCCUAGAAAGCCAUUAAUGAACUAUUAAUUAAUUAAUUAAUCGCAAAAAUUAUUGAAAAUUUACAAAUUUAUUGAAUUUCUAUUGAGAAUCUGUGCUUAACUUUAUUUUUCUUUAGAUUAUUAUUAUUAAUAUCACUAUUUUCAAUGUUUGACAAUCAUU